UAAGGAUCACGGAGAGAGUCAAUGUUUUGUAAUAUUCGCAAGAAAGAAGUUUCUUUAAACACGAAAACAUUAAAAAUUGUUACUAAUGUAACAAACCUGAACAAACUUACCAUGCACAAAGGAGGAGAAAGAAAACCGGACCUGAAUGCCGCCUCGUUGUUGGAUUUAAAAGCUGAGCUGUUUAGAAAACAAGAAGAAUUUAAACAGCAGAAACUUCAAAAUCUAGAAACAGGUGCAAUCAAAGGAAAACACACAGUCUCAAAUAAGAAACCGAGCCUGUUUAGCAAGAAAAAUGUUGGAGUAUCCGAGAGGGCAGAGAAAGACUUUGAAGCUAAACAAGAGGAGGAAGAUGUCUUUCUUAGAUCAAAGAAAAGCCUUGAGAGCAAAGCAAAAUUGUAUGAGAAGAUUUCUAGUGGAGUGGAACUACCAGAUGAGGAUGGCAGUGGUCUGUUCCUGGUGGACUUCCAGAAAAAAGUGCUGGAUGAUGAGGCACAGAGGCGCGAGAAGGAGCGUGUGGAGCGAGAAAGGCUAGAGGAAGAAGAAGAGCGCAGACUUCAGGAGAUCCCUGUGCCUGCACCGCAGAAUGAGGAUGAAGAAUGGGUGGACUAUGUGGAUGCUUAUGGCAGGACUCGGAGAUGCCUGAAGCAAGACCUUCCAACUGUUAAGGAGAGGGACACACUUUUGCAGGGCAGACAAAGGGAUAAGGAAGAGAAAGUGAAGCAGGGAAUGAAUGAUUUUCAAAGGCUAAGGGACAGGGACACGUUAUCAACACCACAUCUGCUGUCUGACGACAUGGCGGGAGAACUGGAGCGUCAACGCUGGGAACAAGCAGAGCUGACUCAAAUGGAACAGGAGAAGCAGGGACCGAUCCACUACGCUGACGUCAGACAUAAUGAGGUGCGAACACACGGUGUGGGUUUCUAUCAGUUCAAUGCAGAGGAGCAAGUCAGACAGGCACAAAUGGAGCAGCUGCAGAAUCUCAGAGAACAGACGAAAUCCGAGCGCAGCAAGAGUGAUAGAGUGAAGGAGAAGCGAAAGGCAGCCCUGGCAGCAAGACUGGCCAAGGUGAAGCAGAGGAAGAGGGAAAAACUAGGACUGCCAGAGGAGGAAGAACUAGUUGAAGAGGAUGAGGAGGGAGAGAUUGGCCCCCUUGUUUCAGAGGAAGUGAAGGAGCCACAGCUUCUCACCCGUGAUGACAGCUGGAGAACUAACACCCCUUCCACCAGAGAGUGGGAUCGGGGAAAACAAGUGUCAAUGGAGCAAUCGGAGAGAGCAUGGCUGGAAAAACAGAGGGCUGAGAGGGAGAACGAAUUUGCCCCACCAUCAUUCUACUAUGGUAACCACGGAAACCAGACUGGCGGGCGGUCUCUGGCUGAUAUUGAGGGAAAGAAUCAAAUCAAUACUGAAAGCCCUUCACUGAAAGACACAAUGAUAUCGACUGACAGUGGUGAUAAUGACCAAGAUAAAGGUCAUGUGGAGAAAAUGGUUGGUGAACAGCUUAAUAUUUUGAGGACUUCAAUGGAAAACAAGGAGUCAAAAAAUAAUCAGGAGAUAAGUAAUGAGCAACAACAACAACUUGAGCUUGAGAAGGCAGAAUAUAAAAUGUACAAGAAUAUUUCUAAUUCCAGUCAGGUGGUUGUAGCCCCAAUUGCAACCAUGGGUCUGUAUGAUGAGGCCACUCAUACAACUUCAGUCACAUCUGCCCCAGGCAUCCUUCCCAUGUUCACCGAUCCACCCCCAGGCAAUAUGUAUGCACCACUGCCAAUUAAUGUACAUGUACCACCUCCAGUCAAUAUUUAUGCACCACCACAUGUCAAUACCAGCUUUCAACCACAAGGAUAUACCACAAUGCCAUCUAAUUACUUUCCCACUGGCGCUCCCAACUUCUCAUUCCCACCACCACCAUUAGCUUUCCCCUCAGGUUCAUCAGAUUCCCAAGCAUUUUCCCUGACUCAAGGGCCUUUCGCCACAUUUUCGGCUGCAUCCCAAAGUUCUAAUAAUUUUCCUCAACCUAUUACCAAUUUUCCAAAUUUUAAUGUCCCCCCUCCACCAAUAUUCGGCCCUGAAAGUUCUGACACUAAUGCAGCGUCGUAUCCCUAUGUUCCUUCUACAGGCAAUACCACAACUGAACAGGCCCCAGUGAAGAAAGUUGUGCCAAAGAUGAGUAUUGUUGACACACGGUUUAUGGGAAAUGACUAGUGUAUAGGGAAGCAGAGAAUGUUUAGCUUAUUUAUUUUAACACAUUGUCAAUGGCAAUAGCAGAAUACAAACAUCUUAAGUGAAAGAAUAUAAUGUGAAUCGAAGUUGUUAAGCUUGCAUUGUCAUGGAAAACUGUAUUUUGUAACUAAAAUUCUCAUCACAAACAAUACAACACUAAAUAAAAUCCAUGUCUUUUUUUGGCCCAUGACAAAUAUUUCACAAAAUUCCAACUGCACUGUAUUGAUACCUAACCUUUAAAGGUAUGUACGUUGUAGUUUAUAAUACACGUCUUUGUUCAUGCAUCGGUUAUUUAAUGUCUAUUUGUUUAAUUGUUGCAUUGCCUUGACAAAAUUUAUAUUGAAUAAAUGCACAUCUUUUGUUUAUGUGAAUAAAAAUUAUUAUUUGUUGAA